AUGGAUUCGUUUUUGGAUCUCUUCGAUCCGGGCACCAGUCCCCCGAUCAACUGCGACGUAUGGCCCGUGGACAACGACGAUAUGCGAUUGCCUCCCGAACCUCAAAUGGGAAACGUUGAGUACAAACUCAAACUGAUCAAUCCGUCCAAGUUACGUUUUGAACAUCUGGUCACACAGGCAAGUAUUAGUCAUAUACUUAGCUUCUUAUUUUCUUUUUUUUUUUUCCAAUAAACAAUGAGACUUAUGGGUGUAAUAAUGUUCAUACAGAUCCCCUAUCACCUACUGUCGGUUUACUGAAACAAAAAAAAAAAAAAAUGUUUCUAUAGUUUUGUCACUUAUGAUGGACUAUUGUAUUUGUACUUAUAUUAUUACUUCAACGGGUCGUUAUAGUUGAAAUGGCGCCUCAGAGAGGGACACGGCGAGGCUAUCUACGAGAUUGGCGUUGAAGACACAGGUAUGCUGACUGGACUGUCUGCAGACGACAUGAAAUAUAGUCUGAUCACUCUGGACGAAAUGGCCCACAAACUUGGUGCUACUACUUCGGUAUUACGGGAGAGAUCUGUCAGAAAAGACAAAAUGGUCGCUGAAGUUUUAGUCCGAAAGGUUUUUAUAUCCUAUCCAUACUCAAUAUUAAUUGUUAAGUAAUUAAUCAUAACCUAUAGUAAUAUCGAUGGUUAAACAAUUAUUUGUCAUUAGUGAUAUAGCAUUAUAGGUGACUCAUUGAUUUUCGAUUAAAAUUUGUUUGUAAGAUUAUUUUAUAGUGAGUUACUUAUAUCCAAAUGUAGGCAGUAGCUUCAAAAGUGAUGUAAACAAUUUGUGUGAAAGAAUUGUUUACAGCAUAACUAUUUGCUGCUAAUGUUGUAUUGAUAGAAUGAACUAGUAGGUGGCGGUGGUAAUGUGUAUGAUAAAUGCAGGAAACGACUAUUGACAUGGUUGUAUAAUAGUGGUGCAUAUAAUAUAAUACAUGAUUAAGGGAGCUUACAACAUUUUUGUUAAUAAAUAUAGGUAAGUCAAAAUAUAAGUGGUAACCGCCAACCGAUGUAUCAUCUAAACCUUAAACUCUAAAACAAACCAAUAUUAUUUGUAAAGUGUAAUUUGGAAUUAAUCUGAAUGAAAAAAAAAAAAUUGUGAAUUUAUUUUUAAAAUUUAAUUAGGCAGUUCCUUUAAUUUAAAGUUUGAAAAAAUGUCAUCAUUUUUGGCUAGUCCGAAUAAUUAAGAUAUAAAUAAGUUAAUGAAUAAAUUAUUACAAAUGUGUACCUACAUAGUUUCAUUUAUAUAGUACCUACUUAAUUAAUUACCUAAUAUUCUAAAAAUGUAAACCCAUGCAUUUUUAUUGUUGAUUUGAAAUAAAUCUCAAGGUUUUGUAUUAUUCAUCACUCUGUAUAUACUAGCACUUGAGAUCUGUUGCCAUAAUUAUUACACAGUUUUGUUUUAUCUUACAAAAAAUAAAAAAAGUAUUUAUAGAAAACAUAAAAAUGAAACAUUUAACUAUUGUUGUAAACGGUUUUUAACUAUAACAUUGUUUAUCAUCAGCAGUUUUUUUUUGUCGUGACAUAGGCAUUUACUGUUAAAAUGAAGGUCAAAUCAUCAUACUUCGAGAAAAUUGUCAUGUAAAUAUUGUAGUUUAUACAUGUAUAUAAAAAAAUUUAUGAUGAUUAUACAAUUAUACAUUUUUUUUUAUUAGAAUAAUUUUUGUAUUUAAUAGAUUUUUAGUUUGUAUGGUGUUUGUGAAAAAAAAUAUAUAGUAAAUAAAUAUAUAAAUAAAAAAUGUAUGUAUAAAAAUAAAAUUAAAAAAAUGAAUGAAUGUGUUGCUUGGAGUAUUAUAUAACCGGUUUCGAAUUAAAAAUUCAUCACUAGAUAUAUCACAGACAAAAUUAGUAGUUUUACAUUUUUACUGUGAUUUAUCUAGUGAUGAAUUUUUAAUUCGAAACCGGUUAUAUAAUACUCCAAGCAACACAUUCAUUCAUUUUUUUAAUUUUAUUUUUAUACAUACAUUUUUUAUUUAUUUAUUUAUUUAUUUACGAGUAUUAAACAUUUUAAUAAUACAAUUUUCGUUUUUACUUUAUUGUUUAUGAAAAAUAUAAUAUUAACAUAAAACAAAGAAUUCUCAACUGAUUUUGAUAAAUCUCUGGUAUAUCUUACUAAAUGUUGAUAAUAAUUUAAUAGAUAUACAAUAAAUACUAGAACUAUUGACAUAUUUAUUAAACAACAACAAAAAGUAAUAAAUCAGUUUGUCACAGAUUUAUAAUUCCAUUAUAAGAAUUUAAAAUUAAAUAUUUAUUAUUUGUGUACUAAUAACACAAAUAUGUAUUUGUUAUACCAUUAAUAUUUACAAACAUAUUAUUACUAUCAUCACUUAUCUUUUAGCUGUUUUCUGAUAUGAUUAUUGUUUUUGGAUUUAUUAGCUCUGUAAUAUAAAUUAUGAGCUAUAAUUAUUCUUAUUUAUCUUAAAAAUAAAAUAUGAUUCAUUAUAAGCUAAUAAAUAUAUUUCAAGUUUAUUAAACAUGAUAAUUUUACUUUAUAUUAUUGCUUAUUAUUUCUAUAAAUAAUAUUGAGAACUUAUAACACACGCCAGUGAUAUAUUUAAUGUCAUAUUUUAAAAACAUUUGAACAUUUUAAAGAAAAAGAAAACUACUUCAUUAUUAAGACAAGUCAAAGGAAAAAAAUAUAUAUUCUCCAAUUAAACUAACUUAAUAAAAUGUGAUGAUUGUUGUAAGAUUUUUGGUCGAAUACUCAUUUACAAACAGAAAAAACAUAAUAAAACUAAUAUAAAAAUAAAUAUAAAUAUGUUUCUUGCUUUUCUUAGAAUAUAAAAUUGCUGAAUAUGCAAAAACAUACAAAAUACAGUGGAAUUCAUUGUUCUAGGAAAAACAUUUUUAUCAAACUGAAUUUAUGUAAAAUUUUGAUUAUACACAAUAUGGAUAUGUAAAUGUUAUAGGUUGUAACUUGAAAUUGUAUAAUAGUAAUAAUUAUCAUUGUUUCAUAGUACCUAUUAGAUUGAAAUGUUUGUUUCCAUAAAAUUAUACAAAAACGACAUUCGUUUUUAACAUUGAAGUCUCUUUUUUUCCCUAAAAGUCUCAUAGUUCUGACAUACCAAUACAUGUACAUAUUAUUGAUUGAUGAAAUAUAUUUUUGUUUUCGCAUAUUUUUUUAAGUUAACAAAAAAUCCUUAAUUUGUUUUGAUUAUAUUCAUUUUUCAUAAUAAUUUAUUAUUGAUUAAUUAUAUUAAAAUAUAAUGUUCUCAGUGAACAUAGCAAAUUCUUAAAUCAAAAAUAUUGUUUUAGUAUGUAUGGGAAAUGUAAAUUUAAUAUGACAUUCUAAAAUUGUCAAUUAAUAAUAAAAUAGAAGGUAAAAUUUUUCAUUUGGGUUUUAUAAUGUAUAAUUUAUAGAUUCCUGAUGAUCAAGAAUGUUUAGAAGUCAUGGUUGCUGUAUUAGGAGGAGCAGAUGCUGGUAAAUCAACAUUACUGGGUGUUUUGGCACAUGGCGAGUUUGAUAAUGGCCGUGGCAGUGCACGGUUAAAUGUUUUGAGACAUUUACAUGAACUUCGAUCAGGUCGAACUUCUUCUAUUUCACAUGAAAUUCUUGGUUUCGAUACUGAAGUAAUUUAAAUGUUAUUCAAAUUUAUUAUCUAGUGUCAUUACUAUUUAUUGCAUUUUUUGUUUGUAGGGCGAUGUUAUAAAUUAUCAGAAAGCUCGAACAGCCGAAGAGAUUAGAGAUCGUUCAUCAAAAUUGAUAACAUUUCUCGACUUAGCAGGACAUAAAAAAUAUCUUAAAACAACCGUGGCUGGUUUGAGUGGAUAUUGUCCACAUCAUGUUAUGUUGGUUGUCAGUAGUCCAGCUGUAACUGUUUCUAGUCCAACUCAAUUAGACAUGACCAAAGAACAUAUGGAUUUAGCAUUGGCACUUAGACUUCCAUUUUGUAUUGUUAUUACAAAGACUGACAUUACACGUGCUGAUAACACGAUCAACUGGUUGGAAUCUAUAUUGAAAUCAGUUGGAUGUAGAAAAGUAAAUUGUAUUUUGUGUUUUUUAUCAGACUUCAUAAGUGAUUAACUUUAUAUAUUUUUAUUUUUAUUUUUUAGGUUCCUUUUGUUGUUAAAUCUGAUGAUGAUGUCAUUACAGCUAGUGCAGUGCAACCAACACAGAAUGUUGUGCCUAUAUUUACCAUAUCUAGUGUUACUGGUGAAAAUUUAGAUUUACUCACUAGAUUUUUGUAUGUUUUACCGCCGAGUAUUAGUAUUAAAGAAAAAGAAAAAUUAGAACAGGUAUAAAUAUAUUACAACAAUUUAAAUAACAUGUAGUUAUGUAGUUAUGUAGUUAAUGAGUAAUUUAUAUGUUAAUUUUUUUGUAGGAAUGUUGUCAGUUUCAAAUAGAUGAAAUUUUUAAAGUUCCAGAAAUUGGUACAAUUGUUGGUGGUGUACUUGCCCAAGGCGUUGUUAAUAUCGGCACAGAAUUAGUCAUAGGUAUUUCAAAUAAUUUAUAAACAUUUAAUUUGAUUAAAAUGAACAUAACAUAAUAUAAUUAUUUAUAAGUUAAUUUAUUUUUUUUUUGUUUUGAGUUAGUACUGUUGUGAAUAUAACAUACUAGAAACCUAAAAAAUCAUUUAAUUUCCAAAAAUGGAAACUUAUAAAAAGAAACACCCUUGAGCAGUAUUAAAUUAGUGUCAAGUAUGAGCCUUUUUUGGAGGUUUACACUUUCAAUCCCUACAUAUUAAAAUUUCAUUAUUUAUUUGUAAUAUACCAAUAUUGCCACCAAUAUGGUGGUAUUUUAAGCAUACAAAUGGUAAGUAAAAAACCUGCAAACGGCUCUUCAUUAACACUAAUGCAAUACAUAUGUACAAUUUUUUUUCAAAAAGUAACAAUAACUUUUUUAGGAAUUAAUGUUUUUUAGAGUUUUAAAUCUAUAUCUGUUGAAUAAAUAUAAAACAUACAUUUUGUACUAUCUUUUGUUUAAUUUGAGUAAGUUUAUUAAAUUAAAGUAUUAUAUACUAUAAUUAGGUCCCUUUGACAACGGAUCAUUUGUCCCAGUCACAGUGCAGUCUAUACACAGGAACAAAGCUCCUUGUCGAGUGGUUAAAGCAACCCAAAGCGCUUCAUUGAGUUUGGAACAAACUAUUCCCGGCUUACGCAAUGGCAUGGUAUUGUUGGGAUUAGGAGUUAAUCAUAGUGCCUGUAUAUUCUUUCAAGUAUAAUAAUGAACAAAAUAUAGAUUUUUCUUAAUAAUAAUAAAAAUAAUUGUUAUGUCAUAACUUUAAAUUUGCAGGCAAGAAUCGUAGUGCUAUAUCAUGCAACGUCUAUACACAAUGGAUUCCAAACCACUGUCCAUAUUGGGAAUAUACGGCAGACUGCUGCUAUUGUUGCCAUCAUGGAAUGUGACAAACGAGGAAUGCACACCAAUGAUACAGCUUCUGCAAUAUUUAAAUUUGCCCGCCAUCCAGAAUAUGUGACUGAAGGUAUGAGGCUACUGUUUAGAGAAGGACAAACCAAAGGAAUUGGAAUCGUUACUCAGGUGUUUGCAUUGCAAGUAGUUGCUGGAUAG